AUGUCGGUAUACGUGGAAGACGACUAUGAAGAGGACCUGAGGCGGUCCGCUGCCAGAGAGGCGGCUGAAGAAGGACAGAGUCACGGAGACUCUCAGACGGAGCAUGUAAAAGAUGAAGAUGAUGAAGAGAAGGCUCCUGCGGGAGUGACAGCCGCUACUGAUCGGGACGCUCAACGUAAUAGCACGCGCGACGAGCUACGGGCGGCUGGAGAAGGCCGGUUCGAGGUGACGGAUGGCGUCAAAGACGCGGUCAAGGAAGAAGAAAAGGUGAAGACGGAGCCGGCGCCCGGUACGGAGGCUGUGUCGCCGGGCCCCGGACGAGUGUUCGGCCACUACGAGGAGGACGAGCCUUUCGUGGAGAAUUGGGAACCGGCCAAGAAGAAGAGCCCCAGUGGACUCAUUCCGCAGUACACUGGAACCGAGGAGCACCGCUGGGACCGGCCGGCGUUUUACUGGAGCUGGGCGUCCAAGGGACUCGCACCCUCGGACAACACGGUGUUCGCGUACACGGCGUCCGUGCCCCAGCAGCCUUACAAGGCUCCACAUGUCGCUGUUAAGAAGACGGUCGCUGCCAAUCCGGUGGCCCCUUACAAGACCACGGGACCGGGAGUGCCUGGGAGAGCCUGGGACAAGUACUACUCGGGCGGCUACUGCUGCUACGGGAGGUCAGAGUAUCGCUGCGACCCGGACGCAUCCUGCUCCGCCUGGAGUGCAGAGUGGCUGUUUGUUUUCCGACAGAAGCUGGAGGGACGUGAGGCCGAAAGGUGGUGGAGCAACUCCAGCAUCAAGUCGUUCGCGACGCUGAAGGUGCGUUUCCACAACCGGUUCCUCAGCCGGACGGCCGACGAGCUCUGGGAGAGACUGUACUCCACUAAGCGUGAACGUGGCGAGUCAGUGGAGGAAUGGGGAGACCGAGUCACGGAUCCGUGCGACUCCCUCGACUAUCCAAACCCUCAGAUGUGGUAUCAGUUGUUCCGUCGUGGCCUGAAGAACAAGAGGAUGCUGGCUGCUCUCGAUUCAAGCCCGGCUCGAGAUAUUCCAGAGGCGUGCGAGUGGCUAAUGUUUAAGGACAUGCAUCGUCCUGUGGAGGAAGACGACGAAUUUCCUGACGAGUCGCGGGCGUGGACUGAUAGUCACACGGCGACUGUGAACGCUCUAACCGAGAAGCUGGACGACUUCCUGUUGCAGCAGCAGGAAUGGCAACACCAGGUGAUGGAAGAUUUGCAGUCCGUGCCGCCGGCUGCGGUGCCUACUGUAUCGGCAGUGGUGCCGAGCUCCGGCGGCCACGGACAGUUCCCUCCAGCUGAUGGAGCUGGUCCGUUCGGAGGUAAUCGUGCCCGUCGAGGCAUCAAGAUGGCGGAGGAUUCCCACACGCAAGAAGGAGAACCUGUCUGUGGCCGAUGUGACUACAAGGGUCACACUCGCGUGACGUGUUCGCGCCAAACGAUGUCUUGCCGACGGUGUAACCAGUACGGUCAUAUUGUGGCUGAGUGUGAGAUGCCGUAUACCGGGGCCCGUGGCCCGCCUAGCGGUGGAAACGGAGGAGGAAUCUCGACGAUGCGGUGUUUCUACUGCCACCAGACCGGUCAUAGUGUCUCUCAGUGUCCCGCGAUCGCUACUCUGAAGGGAUUGGCCACGACUCUGAAGGCGUCGACGGCCGAAGCGUCUCGUCAAUGA